UGAAGAUUUCAGGCAUCCGAGCCUCUGGAGGAAACUUGGCAGCGAGCAACAUUUUGGGAAGACGGAGGAGAUGGAAGACCAAGACUUGGCUAGUCUUGAAGCUGGAAGAAGCCUUGAUGUCCUUGAUGUUGGAAAUGGGGCCGAGUUCUGGGGGAAGAAGGUGCAGAAGAUCUUGCGUGGGGUGCACACUUGCUGGGCAGAACAGCACAAGCGAUUCAGGGAGUUUUGUUACCAGGAAGCGGAAGGUCCCCGGGAAGUUUGGAGCCGGAUCCAUGACCUUUGCCACAAGUGGCUGAAGCCCAAGAGGCAUACCAAAGCCCAGAUCCUGGACCUGGUGAUCCUGGAGCAGUUCUUGAAAAUCCUGCCUCCAGAGAUGGGGAACUGGGUCCGAGAGUGUGGACCGGAGACCAGCUCAGAGGCAGUAGCUUUAGCAGAAGGCUUCCUUCUGAGCGAAAUAGAGGGAGCACAAGCACAAGGGAUGCUGGCCAGACCAGCCUCUGAGUUUCCUGACCCAGAGAAUAUUUCAUCCAACACCAAUCCAAGGCCACCGUUCGGGAGAAUCAUUCAGAACAUCAACAACAAGGCCACCUCCCUAGAAAAUGAAAUGACCAUUUGUGGUGGAAUGGAAACUACUACUCUGCAGUCAGAUCAGGGUUUAGGGCCUUUUAACGAGGGGGCUACAGAGGAAAGGACUCCAUUAGAUCCAAACCAGAUGGACACCAUAGAGGAGAAUUAUGCGAUGGUGGCUUCUCUGGUGCCCCAAACUAAAUUCAUGUCCUGGCAGGAAGUAUCUGAGGAUCCAUCUGUCAAGGAUUCUCAGGAAGAAGAAAGACCAGCAGAUGAUGGAAAAAGCAGUAAAGAGGGUAAACAGAAGUCUGAAGAAAAACAGAAGUGGGGAGAGAAAGCUGUCACUUUUGAAGAGGCUGACUUCUCCCAAAUUCCAAAACGGGAAGAAUGUAAUGAAGAAGUGAAAAAGAUGAGUCACAGUAGAGAGAAACCCCUAAAAUCCGUUGAGUUUGGAAGUGGCUUCAGUGAGCAGGUAAGCCUUACUAAACCUCAGAGAACACAUCUAGGAGAUAAAACCUAUAAAUGCUUAGAGUGUGGGAAGAAUUUCACAAACCUUAAGUCACACCAAAAGAUGCACACAGGGGAGAAGCCCUAUAAGUGUUCCGAGUGUGGGAAGAAUUUCCGGUACAGCAUGAACCUGAAAUCACAUCAGAGAAUUCACACGGGGGAGAAACCCUAUAAAUGUUCCGAAUGUGGAAUGACUUUCAGCUACAGCAUGAACCUGAAAUCACAUCAGAAAAUCCACACGGGGGAGAAACCCUACGAAUGUUCCGAGUGUGGGAAGAAUUUCAGUCACAGCAUGAACCUGAAGUCGCAUCAAAAAAUCCACACAGGGGAGAAGCCCUAUAAGUGUUCAGAGUGUGGGAAGAAUUUCAGUCACAGCAUGAAUCUGAAGUCGCAUCAAAGAAUUCACACAGGGGAGAAGCCCUAUAAGUGUUCAGAGUGUGGAAAGUGCUUCAGUCACAGCAUGAAUUUGAAGACACACCAAAAAAUCCACACAGGAGAGAGACCUUAUAAAUGUUCUGAGUGUGGAAAACAAUUCAGUUGCAGCUCAGACCUUAAACUGCAUCAGAGAGUUCAUAUAGGAGGGGAACUCUAUAAUGCUUCCAAGGAAAGAGUUUAAAAUCACUGCACAACCCUUAAGGAGAUCGUGUGGGCGGGAUGUUCUUGGAUGUGGAAUGCCACUUACUUAUUUUCACAUCUUGUAUCCAGGGGCGCCCACCAGGUGCGUUAAAAAAAGUCAAGAGGAUGGCCUUGACCAUGGAUUGAAGUCCUGUCCCUUUUAACGUGUGUUGCGCAGGUUGCACAUAAAAAAGAGCAGGGCUUCACUCAGAUGGCCACAGUUACCAUGUAACCUAGACUUUUUCACUACCUCCCACAGAUCUCCCUGCUUGCCUCGAAGUAUAAAAUGUACAGAAGGCCUUGUAAAUGUUUAGAGUUUGAGAUGAAUUUCAUUGAUAGUCUUAAAACUUUGAAGAAUUCUAGCAGAGGAGAACUGCAUGUUCUCCGCACAGAAGUGUCACAGCUUAAAUUGCAUCAAGCAAUUCACAGAAAUGAGAAGCUGUGCAAAUAGUCCCGUGUAUCAAACAACCUUCAGUCAUAGCAAAAGUCUUGCAUUACGUCAGAGAAUAUAGAUAAGGAAGAACCAUAUAAAUUGAAACAUGGACUGGAAGGUAGGAAAAUCUUCAGUGAAUGCACAAUGCUUCAUUUUAAGAGAUUCAGUGAAGAUAACAGAAAGGCAUGUAAAUAAUCAAGGAUCAAGUUUUGUCCGGCCAAUCAAUAGCCAAGAAGGAUUCAGCAUGGUAGAUCAAGAUUCCUUUGUGCUCAAAAUGUGGCAGAAUUCCCUCCAAUACACGUGUGUGUUUUUUAAUCCGACUCCUAAGUAGUUACUUCUAAAUAAUGAAUUUUGGCAAAAACUAGACAGCUCAAUUAUAGCUAAUACUGUAUUUAGUUGAUUUCUUGAGUGGUGGUGGGUUUUUUUAAUGUCCCCAUGCUGUCACUUUCCACAGUCAUUUUUUAAUAAAUUGGUGUUGUGUCGCCUGCUUAUCUGUCUUUGUCCAGGACUUACCUUUAA